AUGUUUAUGGAUCGUACCAUAAAUCGUUAUAAUAGUAGAAGCUGCGGCGCUAAACGCUAUGGUGGACAAAAAAAAAACAGCAACAUCACUGAAAUGAUUCGGAAAAUGAAUGUUCGCCUUGAACGAAAUACACGUUAUAGUGAAGAAAGAGAUAUUUCGCUUGAUGAAAUCUAUGAGAACAACGAAAAACCUAAAUAUCACCAACGGUUCCAGAUAUUUCCACCUCCGACAACUCCUCCAGAACCAGCACCACCGGAUCAUCAACUCUUAACGUGUUCAUAUAAAAACCAAUUUGUUUCUGCUUCCGAAUCAAGUUUGGAGGAAAUUACAUCUGAUUUAAGUGGAUCAAAGGAUUCUUUAGCUACUCACGAUGCAGAAUGGUUAGAAGAAAGAAACGACGCUCGUCGAAAAGUCAACAAAAAUUUGAUUUGGAACAACUUUGGCUCAUCUACUCAUGCUUAUACCACUGGUCGCAGGCAUAUAGAUUCAAAUUUAAAUAAAAUUCGUCCGAAAGGUCCAAGCCAAACACUAAAACAACCUGGAAAGUUAGACAUGAAAAAUUUUCAGUUGGUUAGUGAUGCUGUUGCCAAAAUGAAUUUAACUGGAGGAGAUACUUAUUUACCGAUAAGUGACUUCGAUAAAGGUUCGAAACGGUUUACAACAUUUGAGCGUUCACAUGCAGAUGGUGAUGAAGAUGACUCAGAAGAACUAGCAGAAUACGAACAAAUAUACGAAAAUGAAGAUUGUACUGAAUCUGAUAGUUGUAUGAGUACUUCUGAAAAAAAGUCAAGACAACAAAAUACCUAUUACAAAAUAAAUAAAAAGCAGCCAUUGAAUAAGAAAAAUAAAAAGAAAAAAGUUGCUAUACCUGUACAAACUCCAAGAGUUCCACUAUUUGGAUCAUACGUAAGCCCUCCAGAAAUUCCACAUCAUUAUCAGAGAUUGAUGGAAAACACUGAAAAAAAAAAAAUUGGUGAACUAACUAGCAACAAUGUGAUAAAAAAUGAAAAAUCACCUGAGUAUUCAAUGGUUUCGGAACCUAGUACCAAUUUUGGGACAGACAAUGAUUUAAGCACAAAGUGUAUUAAAGAGCUAGAGAAAAAUGAAAGAAAAAGAGUUAAAGAAGAAAAUACAAAACUCCGUAAACAACAAGAAAAAGAAAAAGAACAGGAAAAAAAACUCAAACGCAAACAAAAACAAGUUUCUAAAAAUGUGACGGAAAAUACUGAAUCUCAAUUUUUAAAGUUAAUAAUCUCGGACAAAGAUGAUGUUCCAAUAUUUUUAAUAAAAUGUAUUGAGUUCAUUGAAAAGGAAGGAUUGGACUCUGAAGGAAUAUACAGAGUGCCUGGUAGUCGAGCUCAUGUUGACAUGUUAUAUCAAAAAUUUGAAGAAGAUCCCAACACUAUCAUAGAGAUCCUUGAUAUACCAGUCAAUGCCGUUGCAACGGCCUUGAAAGACUUCUUUUCAAAACGUCUGCAACCACUGUUUAGUAAAGAUAUAAUUAAAGAGUUGGAAGACAUCGCUGGUUCACGAGGUGUAGGUUCGUCAAAAAUAAAUGUUGAAGUUAAGACUGACCGAAGCUGCAGAUUAAUAUCUUUGAAAGCAUUGCUACAUAAGUUGCCGUAUAUUAAUUUUGCUAUUUUGAAAUACAUUUUUCAGCAUUUCGUUCAUGUUUCCGAUAAUUCAAAGCUCAACAGUAUGGAUAGUAAAAAUUUAGCUAUAUGUUGGUGGCCAACUCUUAUUCCUAUAGAUUUUACAGAUAUGGGACAUUUUGAACAAUUACGUCCCUAUUUAGAAGACAUUGUGCAAACGAUGAUUGAUCAAUAUCCUUAUUUAUUUUGUGGAAAAGAUGCUUUUGUAAUGGUUUGACAAAAUGGAUGCGGCAUUAAUCUCGCUCACUUGAUUUUGUAUAAUGUAUAAUAAUCGAGUUUGUUUUUAAGCUCUAAACUGAUCUAUAUAAAUUCAAUGCAUCGAUUUUUUAUAUUGGACUCUAAUGAAAUAAU